AGGUGACUAAUUAGCAUAGCCAGGGUCAGGCUGUGCUGCCUCGCCCCUCCCUUCGUCCUUUUGUUUAAAAUUAAAAUCCUGAGGGUGGAAAGGGGCCCGACGUUUCUCCCAGAGUAAAGGAGUCCCGGCCUCAGGUGGGUCCCGCACCAGCUCGGAUCCGGGGGGCCAUAUUCUCUGGGGAAGACGUAUGUUCGUCGCGGAGGGCAGUGGGGCGCGGGGGUAGGUCGGUUUCUCAGCCUCCGAUUGGUAAUGAGAUCAAAACCCAGACGUGAUUCCUGGACGGUGGCUUCCCAGUAGGGGCAUCCCACCAGUCGCCAAGAUGUCCUCAGUGGGAAAGGUGACCCAGGUUCCCAACGGGAAAGUCUACCAGCAGAUCUUCAAGGCUGAGGUGCAGCUGGUCCGCUCCCUGGCAGCCAGCAGGAAGCGGGCUGUGGAACAUUCUGUGACUGCGAAGAAUGGCAAGAAACCCUUGAUGAAGAAGGUGGAUAUUCCUGAAGGGGAGUUGAUGGCUCCUCGGCAGUGGAAGUGGGUGCAUAGCCUACCCAAUGACUGGGUCACAGAAAACCCUGUUCUCUACAGGGAAAAGAAAAUAGCCAAGAAGGAAAAAGCUCAAGAGAGUGAGAGCACCAUUGCUGCCCGGGAAGUCCGGGGCCUCAUGGACACUGUGGUUCCGGAGAAGAUCGGCAGCAUCACCCUUCAAGCACAAGGAGACUACAAGAAGCGGAGCUAUGAGAGUGCUCUGGGGAGGUUUAAGGAGGAGAUCGCUCAGAUUGGGAUGGAAAUGGAACCUCUCAUCUUGGAGCCAGGAACACUGUUCAUAAAAAAGCUGGCUGAGUCUGAUCAAGACAUCAAUUCUCUCUUCCAAAAGGUGGAAAAUGACAACCUUGAAGACUACACCAUCCAAACCUUGCUGGAGCUGUGGGAUCAGGUGGCUGAGAAAUUCUUGCUCCAGAAGCAGGAGAUAAAGGAGCUGGAUGAGAAACUACAUUUGCUUGAGUUCUCCCGGACCGACAAACUGAAAAGUGUGUUGAAGAAAUAUGUGAAAAUCAUAGAGAGAACUUCCUACCUCAUGCAGCCUGAUGUGUACAGGCUGAUAAAUAAAGAAGCCAUGGUCAUAAACCAUGCCCUACUGGGCAGCCGGAGGGCCAUCGCCCAGCUGUUUGUCAACCUGAGGGAGGCCACACUGCAGCAGGAGCUUGAGAGCCACCGCCGUUGGCAGUGCCUGGUCGAUGCCUGGAAGACUCUCAAGAAGCAGGCCCUGCUGCAGAGUUUCAGUGAGUUCAUGGCCAGUGAGAGGAUCCAGACUCCUCCAGCUGUGCAGAAGGAGCUGGAAAGCAUGCUGAAGAACCAGAAAGCCCUGCAGCAAAAGCGGCUGGAACAUCUCUGCUCCAUCUGUGACCUUCUGCCCCCCAGUUACAGCAAGGCUCAGCUGACUGAAUGGCAGUCUUCUCUCAACUCCAUGAAUAAGCAUCUUGAUGCCUACCAUGUGGACUGCAUGCUGCGGAUCCACUUGCAGUAUGAGAAGACCUGGCAGAAGUGCCUGGCCCAGGUGCAGAAGUACAAGAAGCAGCUGCUGGACUGGAAAGUCUUCACCAAGGAGGAGGCAGAGAGCCUGGUAAACCCAUCCUUCCUCCAGAUGGUGGAAGUGCUCCAGCGCAACACGGAGGAGGAGCUGAAGUUACUGGACGAAUCCUUUGAGGCCCUGGCAAAGCAGACAGAAUGGCAGUGCACAGACCUCUCCAACUACUUCGAGGAGGCCUUGCGGCUGUGGGAGGCGCAUCAGGACAUGCUGUCGGUGCAGGACCUAGAACUCGAGGAGAGGGCGGAGCGGCAGUGGCGGGUGCACAGCCUGGAGGCCCAGGCCCAGGAAGCCCACCUUGAUAAGCUCUUGGACCAACUGAGGCAGCAAAACAAUGAGGAAACACUGAAGUUUCACCUGGAAAAGGCCAAAGACUUGCUGAAGAAUAUGAAAUGCAGGUAUGAGUGUUUUCACAAUCUCCUGAUGAAGGAAGUGAUGGAGUACCCAGUGAUCAUACUGAAGGAACUCAACUCCUACAGUUCCACCCUCAGCCAACACUUCUAUGUUCGUGAAAUCUUUGAACAGAACUUGGAUGGAGAAGUCAUUUUCAAUUGCAGGGAUCCAGAGUCACAUGAGAAGCACUUCCAGGAGACAGUAAGAAAACUGAGCAGAAAACAAGAGGCUAAAGCGGAAGUGAGCAACAGUGAGGAAAGCAUAAGUACAGGAACAAGUUCCCCCAGGGCAGCAGGGGAGACGGAAGAAGAAAAAAGCCAAGAUAUCGAGUCCUCCACACCUGAAGACGUGGUAGUAAGCCAGCGGGAACCAUCCGUACUGAGUGAUGAGAUAGACGAGUCCAGAGAGGGCUCCAUUCAGAGGCUGGAAGAAAUGCAGGUUGAAGGAGACAGCUCCUUAAAACCACCCCUGAACCAAGAGAAUGUGAUGGUUCAAGAAGAGGAGGAGGAGAAAGAGGAGAUGGAGAAGGAAGGGGUGAAGGGGGAAAAGGAGGAGGAGGAGGAAGAAGAGAAUGAAGAGGAAGAGGUGGAGGAAAAGGAAGAACAGGAGAGUUUAUCUAUGGAUGAGGUCAAAGUCCAGGAAGAGAGUAUGAAGGAGGCCUCCCCUGAGGACUUGGAGUCCUUCACAACCUCCAGUGGGAACACUUAUUCUGUCUUCCUACCCUUGGAACAAGAAGAGAUUUGCAAGAGACUGCAUUCCAGACUUUCUGCCAUUCUCAUCAAUGACACUACCAGUGCCAAGUUCAUACAACAAGUGAUUAUUCCAUCCAAAUUAGUUGUAGAAAUUAAGAAACAACUUCGAGCUGGCUUUUUUGAGCAUCUAGAGAAGUGGUUUGACCAGUGUGCUCUCAAUGCCCGGGUCAUCUUGGCCACCAAGAUUGAUGAGCUGGAUUCAGAACUGGAGCUGCGUCUGCACCUGCACCAGCUGAGAGCUGAGCACAUUGAAAAGGACAUCCAUAAUGUCAGAGCAGCUGAGCUUCUGUUUCAUCAAAAGCGGCUGGAUAGCCACUGUGCUGGGGUUUCUGAGGCGUUGAGGAAGGAGAAGCUGAUGUUCUGCCAGUUCCAAGAGGAGCAAAACACAAGGAGCAAAAACUUUCACCGCAAGAUUCAUGACAUGGAGCACAUGUUGUUGAACGCCACCAGGAGCCAAAAGUUGGUCACUCUCAGCAGCACACUGCACCAGGAGCUGCUUAGCUACGUUGAUGUCACCCAGGUUUCCCUGCGCAGUUUCCGCCAGUAUUUGGAGGAGAGCCUGGGCAAGCUUCGCUACACCAAUGUUGAAUUUGUCAAGCACUGCAGAUUGUUUUCAGAGGGAGGCAACUUUUCUCCUGAAGAAAUUGACUCACUGUGUCACCGACUGGAGAAGGAAGCUGCCCGGAUAGAGUCUGUUGAGAGUUUAAUAAUGAUUAACAUGGAGAAGAUGGAGCGUGAGUACCUGGACCAGGCCAAUGACGUUAUCAACAAGUUUGAAAGUAAAUUCCACAACCUGUCUGUGGACCUUAUUUUCAUAGAGAAAAUCCAGCGGUUGCUGACAAAUCUGCAAGUGAAAAUAAAGUCUGAGGUAGCCAAGUCCAAUUUGCAAACAGAUGGAUUAAAUUCUUCUCUGGAACAGCUUCAAAGCAAGGUAGAAAUGUGUGAAAACUCAAAGGGAGACAAAAAAACAGUGACCACAGAAGACCUCCUUGGCCUUGUCCAGACUGGGAAAGAAAAACUGAGACAGAGGAUUCAGUACCUCAGCUGCAGGCUGGACAUGGUGUCCGGGUCUCAAGUGGUCUUUACUGACAUUUUGAAUGAUGUGGAGGUGGAGACUAACAUCCUGGAGUCUUCAGAAGCCCUUGAAGAGGAAGCUAAAGUAGAUCUGGUCACCCCUGAGUCCUUCGCCCAGCCUAGCCAUACAGGGAAGUCCAUGAUUGAAGACCCAGCUGUGGAGGUGGUCAAGAAGAUUCUGCAAUUUCCCAACUCAAAAUUCUCAACCCAGAAUCGUGACGAAGAUUGGUCCCAGACAGCGACCAAAGGCUUCAAGCAACACCAGAACCAAGUGGAACACUCCAUGAAAAAGGCUUGGUCCAGUGCCAGUGCCACCUCGGCACGGAGCAUCACGUGGUGCUCCAAGCCCAACCGAAUGGACAGAAAGUACCAGGUGCUCGGGGAAAGGCCACCUCCUCCUCCUGAGAAUUUUAAAGGCAUUAUCCGGACCCUCCUCUGGGAGAGCAAUGACCAUCUGCUGACUGUCGUGGAGGAGUUCUACCGCAAAGAGAAGCGCUCAGUCACCAGGCCUGACUGCAUGUAUGAAACCUUUGACCAGUGUGCAGAGAAUAUUGGCAAGAAGAUCCUGGAGUACCAGAGCCAGACAGAUGAGUACCACAACUCCUGCCUCAUAGAAUUACGGGCCCAAAUGAGGAGAUUUGAGGAGCUGCUGCCCCAGGUGUGCUGGCUGGUGAUGGAGAAUUUCAAGGAGCACCACUGGAAAAGACUUUGUGCCUCUACUGAAGAGAUCCGGGGACAGUUCUGGGAUUGUCAGAAGGAGCUGGAGAAAAGGAAGGAUGAAAAUGCCCAGAAGCUCCGUCCAAAUCUCGGACAUCCUGCACAUUUUCAAGAAAUGGAGUCUUUAUGUCAAGUGGAAGAGAAAAGGCAGGAAGAUCUGGACACCUUGAUUAAGGCGAUCAGGGAUAAACUGGAGGAUUUCAGCAGGAAGUCUGGCCAGUUUUUCAUAGCCAGCUUGGCCGCCUUCACUGAGAAGUUCCUGCUGCAGCUGGACGAAGUGGUCACCAUUGAUGAUGUCCAGAUCGCAAGGAUGGAGCCCCCCAAACACAAAACAUCAAUUCUCAUACGGAGGAAACUUGCUAGGCUUUCCCUGGAGGAAGAGAGUGAGAAGCCCCUGACUGAGCGGGGAAGCAGGAAGUGGCCAGGAAUCAAACCCACCAAAGUCACCAUCCAAAACAAGAUUCUCCUCCGGGAAACACCUUCAAUUACCACCACCAAGACCACCCUGGGCCACCUGGCAGCUGUGGAAGCCCGAGAUGCUGUCUACGUGAAAUAUUUAGCAUUAUUUGAAGAAGAGUUGAAGAAGAUCCAGGAUGACAACAUAUCACAGGUGAAGGAAGCUCAGAGCUGGAGAGACAGCUGGAGGAGCUCUGUGCAUGCCAUCCAGGGCCUCUACUUGUAAUACCCUCAACCUGCCCCAAAUAAAGGCUCAUUUUA